UUUUUUUUUGGAUAUUAUUGAUCUAUUUUGAAUCAUGACUGUGAUCAUCACAGCUUUAGUACCGUUCCUUUUUCUUGGAGGAUUUAUGAUGACUGCUAGAUCAAUCAUGAAUUAUUAUAUACGAUACAAAGGUCAUUCCAAGUGUGAAGCAUGGUUUGAUGAAUACAAAGAAAAAGAAGCCUACGAAGCGAUCAAGCAGGCAAACAAUGUGGGUAGGCAUCAUGUGAUGGCCAGUCUAUUGCUUCGAGCCAAGGCAUGUGUGCAUCGUCUUCAUCAGGUAGAGAUGGCCAAGCCUGCAUUAUCAGAAUUGUUUCAACGGCAAUAUAUCGAUCAGUUAUUAUGGCAAUCCCUUUUGGAGGCUGAACAAUUGAUGGUAUCUGAGGUGGCAAGUAUCGUGCAAGAAGCCAAACAAUUUCAUCCAGCUUGGUCUCGCACUAUCUUUGUUACCGCUUUACACAUGUGGGAAUAUGAAAAGCUCGCUUUGAUCCCUACCGAUGUUCAGCGUGAUUAUCGUCCCAAGGCAAUUCAUUUUGAAAAAUUAAAAAAUGAAUAUCAUGAUGAUGAUGAUGAUGAUUUGUUUAUAUUGAAUAAUGUUGAUGAUUUGGAUUAAAUGUCUGUGCAAC